UUUUCUUAUCUCUCUCUCUCUCUCGGAGCUCUUCCUUCUUCCGUCGUCUACCAUUGAUUACGGGAGUGUAUUGAGGUUAAAUGGCUCUAAGUACAUGUGUUUCUCAAUGGAGUAUUCGUCCUCAAUUUGCUGUGAGAGCUUAUUAUCCCAGCAGAGUCGAAUCAAGUCGCCAACAAAAUCCCAUGAGCCAGAUAAAUUGUUUGGGAGCUUCAAGGUCGAGUAUGUUCUCACAUGGGUCCUUGCCCUUCUUGUCGAUGACGGGAAUGUCCAGAAACAUGCAUCCUCGCAGAGGAUCUCGCUUCACUGUUAGAGCUGAUGCCGAUUACUAUUCGGUACUCGGAGUUUCGAAAAAUGCAACCAAAUCUGAGAUUAAAAGCGCUUAUCGGAAGCUGGCUAGGAAUUACCAUCCGGAUGUGAACAAGGAUCCUGGUGCGGAGGAGAAAUUCAAAGAAAUAAGUAAUGCAUAUGAGGUUUUAUCAGAUGAUGAAAAGAAAUCUCUUUACGAUAGGUAUGGUGAGGCCGGACUUAAAGGCGCUGCUGGAAUGGGUGGCAUGGGGGAUUUUAGUAAUCCGUUCGAUCUAUUCGAGUCAUUAUUCGAAGGCAUGGGUGGGAUGGGAGGAGGUGGAAUGGGUAGAGGUUCAAGAAGCAGAGCUGUGGAUGGUCAAGAUGAGUAUUACACGCUAAUCUUGAACUUCAAAGAAGCGGUUUUUGGAAUGGAGAAAGAAAUAGAGAUAUCACGGCUCGAGAGCUGCGGGACAUGUGAAGGUUCAGGUGCAAAACCAGGAACCAAACCGACCAAAUGCACCACAUGUGGCGGCCAAGGUCAAGUGGUUUCAUCAGCUAGAACUCCUCUGGGCGUGUUCCAACAAGUCAUGACUUGCUCGUCCUGUAAUGGCACUGGAGAGAUCUCGACGCCGUGUGGUACUUGCUCUGGAGACGGACGCGUGAGGAAGACAAAACGGAUAAGUCUCAAAGUACCAGCCGGGGUUGAUUCAGGUAGCCGGUUAAGAGUGAGAGGAGAAGGCAAUGCCGGGAAGAGAGGCGGAUCACCAGGCGAUCUGUUUGUUGUUAUAGAAGUUAUACCUGACCCGGUUUUGAAACGGGACGAUACAAAUAUUCUCUACACUUGCAAGAUAUCGUAUAUCGAUGCGAUUUUAGGGACAACAUUGAAAGUACCAACAGUGGAUGGGACAGUAGAUUUGAAAGUGCCAGCAGGGACACAACCUGGCACGACGCUUGUGAUGGCGAAAAAGGGAGUUCCGGUAUUGAACAAGAGUAAUAUGAGAGGAGAUCAGUUGGUGAGGGUGCAGGUGGAGAUACCUAAGAGACUGAGCAAAGAGGAGAAGAAACUUAUUGAAGAGCUUGCUGAUAUGAGCAAGAACAAGACUGCUAAUAGCACCAGUAGAUGAUUAGAAACACGAAAAUUUUGACAAUGAAAAUGUGAAUCUAUA